AUGCGGCGUAUCUUUAUUAUUGCAAAUACAGUGCUACUACUUGUAGUCUUUUACGCAUCGUAUCGUUUUCCGCAUAAGUUUGUUCGUGUCCAGGGCGAAUGUGACUCGAAUUGGCUUCAUAUUCAUGCAUCAAUCGAUUCAAAGACUAUUUGUUGCAAAAAUGAACCUGGAGGUUAUGGAGAAGCUCCUUGUUACAGUGGCAUGGACCUUAUGCCUGUGCUUGGGUCUCUAACAGGAGCAUGGGCGAUUCCAUUGUCAGCAUUAGUAUUUAAUUAUGGAUCCAUGAUGCUUGGACCGAACGUGACCAUGCGUCGCAUUCGAGCAUACGUGCGUCGUGGACUGUUGUAUGCUGCAGUAAUGACGCUGCGGACAAUCGUGUUGUACAUGGGACUCGGACAGAUUGAGAAGAAACUAGGGCAUUUUAUCUGGGAUUACUCGGAUCAUUCUUGCUGGUACGCUGAUCUUCGUCGUGGAAAGGGAUGUCCAGUUGGUUUUGACCACUCGGACCAUAUUGUCCUGCUGGUGAGCCACUACCUGGCAAUAUUAUUGUUUGAAUGGUUUGCACUAGACGUUGAAAGUACUGGACCGAGUGUGAAACGUACGAUGCUACGCAUCUGGAUCCUCAUUGUUGGCGGAAUGGCGACGUACUUGCUGCUUUUUACGGCGUCGUACUUUCACACAACCACCGAGAAUCUCGUUGGGCUGCUUAUUGCACAAGGAUGUGUAAUGUUGCCGUUGAUGCUCGUGACUCAGGACUACUUUACCUCUUGGAAAUGGCUGCGUCUCCAUAACUUUGUGCUUUUACCUGAAGAGAGUAAAAGAGGUGACUGA